AUGUCAUUUACUUGGAUGCAGGCGUAUUUGCUAGAUUUGCUCCCUCAUAAUCAGGCAACGUCCCGAAUGGACCCCAGAGUGCUUCAAACGAUGCUCCCUUACUUUACUGAGGAUUAUGGUAAUCCCCACUCUAGAACACACAUUUUCGGAUGGAGCGCUGCUCAGGCCGUGGAAAAGGCACGAGAGCAAGUUGCUCAGCUGAUCGGAGCUUCUGCGAAAGAGAUCAUUUUCACUUCGGGCGCCACGGAGUGCAACAACAUCGCAGUGAAGGGAGUCGCCCAGUUCUACAAAGGAAAGAAAAACCACAUCAUCACGACCCAAACGGAGCACAAGUGCGUUUUAGACAGCUGCCGUUGGCUCUCUGAGCGCGGCUUCGACGUGACCUAUCUCCCUGUUCAGAAGAACGGUCUCAUCAACCUGGACGACCUGGAGAACGCGAUCACGGACAAGACCAGCCUCGUUUCCGUCAUGGGCGUCAACAACGAGAUCGGCGUGGUCCAGCCGCUGAAAGAGAUCGGCGCCAUCUGCCGCAAGCACGGUGUCCACUUCCACACCGACUGCGCCCAGAUGUUCGGCAAGCUGCCCCUGGACGUGGACGCGAUGAACAUCGACCUGAUGUCCAUCUCGGGACACAAGUGCUACGGUCCCAAGGGCGUCGGCGCGCUCUACAUCCGCCGCAAGCCGCGCGUCCGCCUCGAGCCGCUGAUGUCCGGCGGCGGGCAGGAGCGCGGCUAUCGCUCGGGCACGCUGCCCACGCCGCUGGUGGUGGGCCUGGGCAAGGCGGCGGAGCUGUGCAAGGAGGAAAUGGAGGGCGAUCUGAAGCGGAUCAAGCGCAUGGCGGACGGGUUCAUCGAUCGGAUCCAGCGCGAACUUCCGGAUGUGACGCUGAACGGGGAUCGCGAGCAUCGGUGGCCGGGCAACGUGAAUUUGUCGUUCUCGUGCGUGGAGGGCGAGUCGCUGAUUAUGGCCAUGCCGAAUAUCGCGGUGUCCACGGGGUCGGCGUGCACGAGCGCGUCGUUGGAGCCGUCGUAUGUGAUGAGGGCGCUGGGCGUGCCGGAUGAACUCGCGCACACGUCGAUUCGGUUCGGAAUCUCGCGGUUUACCAAGGAGUGGGAGAUGGAGAAGGCGGCUGAUAUCAUUAUCGCGCAGGUGAAGCGGCUGCGAGAAAUUAGCCCGCUGUGGGAGAUGAAGCAGCAGGGAAUUGACCUGAGUACGAUUAAGUGGAGUUCUCAUUGA